AGUGGGCGGGGUCUGCCUCCUCACGUCUCGGCUGCUCCUGGAGUUUGCGGAAGUAGUCGCAGCUGGAGUCGGAGCGAAGCGUGAGGAGGAGAAGUGUCUCCUGACAGAACCGGGCUCUGUGGUUUGGGUCUUCACCGGAGCAGAUGGACCUCAGCUCAGGGAACUUACAGCGGAUCCUCUCGAAGUACAAAUUCCACGAUGUUGCUGUUGAGGAGCUGCAGAAAAUCCAUCGAAUCUAUCCGGGGAUGAAACCUUCCACCGGCACAUACACAUUCAGUGACAGCACCCAGAAAGAUCUGCUGAGAUUAGUCGGCAACAUCCCCGUCCAGUACGAUGGCCGCUCCUACAACUUCCCCAUUCAGCUGUGGCUCAUAGACUCGUUCCCCUUCACUCCUCCCAUCUGCCUCCUGAGACCGACCAAUAACAUGGUCGUCAGAGAGGGAAAGCACGUUGAUGCCAAGGGACGCAUUCAUCUGCCGGGGCUACGCAACUGGGAUCAUCCAAAGUCGUCCGUGGUGGCUCUUCUGACUGAGAUGAUCGCCAAGUUCGAGGAGGAUCCUCCGCUGUCCUCGAAGAGCACAGGAGAAAACAAAGACCCCCACGAGCUCCUGGCAUUCGUCUCUAACCUCCAGAUCAAUGAUGGUGGAAGCAGACAUCACAACCAACAGAUCAACAAAGUCUCAGUUAUCGGGGGAGGAGAUUUAGGAAUGGCUUCUGUGAUGAGUAUUUUGGCGAAGUGUAAAGUGGAUAAACUGGUUUUCAUUGAUGUCGCUGACAGUUCUACCAAGGGAGGCAGCACAGACCUUGAGAUUUUCACUCUGCCAAACGUUGAGAUUUCCAGAGAUUUCUCGGCCUCCGCAGGCUCCACAGUCAUCGUGGUGACGGCAAAUGCAUGGAGCAGUGAGCAAUCCUAUCUGAGUUUGGUUCAGAUGAACGUGGACUUGUACAGAGGAAUCAUCCCAAACCUGGCACGACUCAGUCCCAACGCCGUGAUGCUCAUCGCUUCCCAACCAGUGGACAUCAUGACCCACGUCGCCUGGAGACAGAGUAGCUUACCUCCGACACAGGUGAUUGGUGCAGGGUGCAACCUGGACUCAGAGAGACUCAGUCACAUCCUGGAUAUAAACCUUAAUACCCACAAACCAGCCUGGGUCAUAGGAGAACUGUCGGACAACAAAGUUGCUGUGAUGAGUAACACUAGGCUGAGCUCCAGCGUGCAGCCAGAGAUCGCCCCGGGGUCCAGCUCUACCAAACCAUUGUUAGACAGAGCGUUUGAGCUCAUGAAGAAUCGAGGCCAGCGGUCGUGGUCUGUGGGUCUGUCCAUCGCGGACAUCACAAACAGUGUCUUGACAAACGCAAUGAAGACCCACUCUGUGUCCACAUUGGCUCAGGGCUGGGGUGGUAUAGGUGCGGAGGUGUUCCUCAGCCUGCCGUGCAUCAUGGGAUCGAACGGCUCCACGCGUCUGGCCGGAGUGUCGCUGGGAAAAGAAGAAGACGAGAAACUCAGAAGCAGCGUCACCUCCCUUUCUAAUCUCAUGAGUCAGCUCCGGAUGUGAUGAUUCUCUAAGUUUGUGGCUUUGAUGAUCGUUGCGGGAGUAGCUGCUAAGCUGCUACCUAUGAAGUUAUAGACAGAAGUUCUGUCUUAUAUAAAAACGUGCAAUCUAACAACACAAUUUGUUUUUUUAUCGUCCCUUGUCACUGUGUAUUAAAUGUGGGGAAAAACAGUGCACAAUGUACAGAAUGUAUUUUUGUAUUGCAAUUUACCAGCACAAAGAGAAGUUACUAAUUUUGUCUCAUCGAACAUUUGGAACGCUGCAUGAAUGCACUGAUAUAUAUUUUUAAACUCUUAAAUUCUUAAUACUCGUGACUUAAAAAUAAUUUUUUGUCACUAACUGCUAAAGUUUUGUAUGAUAAUUUAAUUUUUUAAUUCAUUCUUCUGGAGAAAAUCAAGGUGUGGGAAAAUAAAGUAUGAAUGUAUAUGUUAUGCAGUAUGAUGCUGGUAACAGGUUUUGAAUUUUAAUGGCCUCAUUUGUCACCUAAGUGCUGUUUCCACAUUUAAUUACAAGAUGAAAAAGCUUUUAAAAUGCCUUAAUAUUUAAAAUGGCUUUUCUUACUUUUGUCUACUUUGUGUAAAUCGAUACCUAAGAUAUGUACAUGAAGGAAAAUUACCUGAUUAUGUGGGUGUGCAAUAAAAUAAGUAUCUGAAACCA